GCGCAACGUAUCGCAUUAUCUGUGGACUGGACCUGGAACCCGGCCAAGACAACAUACUUUAGUCUUAUUGAGAACGUUGCGCGUGUUUUUUUUUCUGUUGUUCACUCUCCCGUGGUCGUUUUAAGCAAAUUGCUUUAUAUUGAUAGUGCUGCGCGGGUGCACAAAAGUAAGAAACGUGCUCCGACGAUGAAGCUGGCGUGGCUGACGAUCGUCGGCGGGUGCUUUGUUGGCAUGGUGACCGCAAGAUCCAGUGCCAAAUUGAACCCCAAGGAAGCGGCCGGGGGCGGCGGUGGUGGAGGAGGAAAUGGGGGAGGCCGCCCCUCCCUGACCACGUACGAUCAACGCCAGACGGGGAAGUACAACAUCCAUGUGAACAUCAAAGACGUGAAGAUCAUCUCGGUCGAUGGUGAGAAAUUCGACGGCGAAUUUGGGGAUGACACGAUUUACGACUAUGGGGACUACGAUUACGACCCGUCGCACCUGACCAUUAGUCCGCUUCCGAUAUUCGGCAGUGGCGGUUCCUCAACGACUGCGAAGCCCCCUAAAUCAACGACCAAGACGCCGGUUGCGAUCACUUCCACGAAACGACCAACUACAACUACGACAACCGAAGCUCCGUCAAUGGAAGAAGACGAAGAUUCGGUCGAGCCGAUGGAACCCCCAAAGAGACCAGUGAUCGCGGACGACGAUCCCAUGAAGAUCGAAGCCAACCCAAGCUACCCGGUCCACAACUCAUCAUCCAACCAAAUCCUCCACGCUCCCCUCGGAACGACCACGCCCCCGCCCAGCAACAUCUACAUCUUCAAGCCAACGCCCAACUACCACCCGCAUCCGGUCCACUACGACUACCAGGAGAUCCCGGUCGAGGUCAUCGUAGAACCCGUACUUAAGCCCAAGUAUCGCAACGCCAACUCACGCAUCAGUGCCACCGGCCCAAACCGGCGCAACCGCUACCGGAAGAAUCCAGCAUCGGCAGGCCCUAUGGACUCCAUGUCCCGGCAUAGCCACUCCAACAUCGAGGCACUGCCCAGCAAUGAGGCGGCGCAACCGCCACAGGCCGCUCCGCUGGAGGCCACACCGUGCACCAAGGGCGAGUUCCGCGACCGGUCGGGCAAGUGCCGCACGCGAAGGUCCGGCGGAGGAAUAUUCAGGCUACUUAAUCUGCUGACUGCCUUCAAGGAGAAGGACGACUGAUCACGUUUUAUUUAUAAAAGGGAGAGGUCCCAAGUGACCAACUGUUGAGCUACACAUCGCGAUGAAGGUGUGUGUGUGUUUUUUUAAAUAGCAUAUGAUGAUAAUAAUUCUAGAGAACAUAAAACUGCAUUUUUUUACUACGAUUUAGUAAAUACAUAACAAUUUAUGUAAGAAUAAAGAAAGGAGCAGUGAAAUUAAGUAACU